CAUCAGAAAUCUGUUCCAAGUGCUUCACUAAUAACUGCAGCUGAAAUUAAGCAUGAUUCUACAAUUCUGAGUGAGACCUCUGAGGAGGAAAAGCCAGCAGAUGAGCAUAGAAAGGGGCUGGACGUGGAUGAGAAGUGUAAAUUUUCAGGUAGUGUGGUAAUAAAAGAAGAAAAAGAAAACAUUUAUGAAGUUGAGAAAAGCAAGGAUUCUAAAUAUGCAGAGAUUCUUGCUGGUGAGCGUCAGUUAACAUCUCUAUGUUCAACAACCCCAUGUCUGGCAGUUCCUUCUUUGAAUUUGAAGGCUCAUCAGGAUGGCAUGAUCCUGAAACCCUGGAUGAAUGAUUUUAGAUUUUCAGGGAAAUAUCCUCUCCUAAUGUUGCAGAAUCCUGAAAAUUGUGAGAUAUUUAAAAGGGAAAAAACUGCAGGGAUGUUCCAGAAGCCACUAGGGUUGAUGAUGUUACCCCAUGGAUAUUGCAAAUUUCAUUUUAAUACAUUACGUGGCUGUGAGCGAUCACUGUGUAAAUUUACCCAUGUUCCUGAACAAGCAGAUGAAAAGGUUUGCAUGGAAAUACUUAAGAAAUACAUAAAUAUCGGUGAGGUGUGUUUGCUUCAACGUGCAGUAACCCUGUUUAUGGAGUACUACCGAAAGUUUCCUCCUGGGGUACAUUUUGAAUCACAAGUGCUAAAUGACCUUCUGAUUUCUUUACUCAAACACUGUUUAUUGAAAGAAGUGUUUCAGGUAGUGAACAUCAGCAUAAUGGUCAAAAUGUUGCCUGCUCUAAAAGUAUUAAUAAAAGUAUUUGAGCAUGUGGCAUCUAUGAACUUAAGGAAUGCUGUACCAACUCUAAUUGAUAUAUUUUGCAAGCUUGUAGAAGCUGGAAUGAUUCUUGACUCUGAACAUUUUAACUAUCUUAUUAAGCUCUUAUACCAAGUACAGGCUUCCAAACAAGAAAUCAAUGCUGUUCUAGAAAUGAAAUCCAGGUUACGGGUGAGGCAGUUUAAAAAGAAUUGGCUCUCUGAUGUAAAUUCAGCGAUAACUGAAAUAGAGCAUUGUAAAGAAAAAGGUGACUGGACCAGUUUGGCAAAUUUGUACAUUAAUGUAAAAUUAGGUUGUGAAAAAUUUGCAGAUCUUCAGAGAUUUUCAGCUUACGUUGCUGAAGCCUUAACAAAAGAUUACAAAGAAGAAAGACAAGGAAUUCCCUUUUGUGAAUUUGCUGAUGCAGUCAUCAAAGAUCCCCAAAACAGUGAGAUUGAUAAAACUUUACUGGGAAGAAUUGGGAUCAGUGCAAUCUACUUUUAUCACAAACUACUACAGUGGUCUAAGGGAAGGAAGGUACUUGAUAAACUUCAUGAACUACAAAUCCAUUUCACAAGUUUAAAAGGACUUACCGGUUCUGAGAAGUUGGCAUCACGGUGCCAGAUUGUUAAUGUGGCAGCAGAAAUUUUUCUAAAAAGUGGGAGUAUGGAUGGUGCCAUUUGGGUAUUGAGGGAGUCAGAAUGGAUAAUAAAUACGCCACUGUGGCCUUGCGAUAGAAUGGAUGUCCUCAACAGACAUAACCUGCUCUGUACAAUUGCACAUGAGAUCUUGGCAAAGAGCCUUUACCGACAGACAUUUGAAGUUCUCCAGAACUUACCCGGUUUCCAAAGUUCUCAGGAAACUGUGGAGGUCUCGCAGUAUAGCCUUCUUUUUAACAAGCUUCUAGAUGCUUGUAUAGAGAGCAAUAGUCUGGGUGUGUCCUCUUCGGUAGCGGAAUUCAUGUUUUCAAAGAACAUCCCUAUUGAUUUUUCUUUUCUCAGAAGAUUAAUUACUGCUUUAGGGAGAAGUUGUUUAUGGCCAAAAGCCAGAGCCCAUUACAAAAGUGCUCUGUCACUGGGUUGUUAUCCACCAUUGGAGGGGAAUUUGUACCGAAAACUUCUGCUGAUUCCUUCCUACCUGUCUGAGAUUGAAAUGCUUUUAGCUAUUGAAAUUUUUCUAGUAUCUAAUGCUAGUAGUAUUCAGAGUCCUGGUGCUUCUUCACAGACACUGCAGAUAGUACUGAAAAGGUGUGAAGAAGACAAAGUGCGGAGCAAAGACGACUACCGAACAGCGGUGGAGAGACUUAUCAUGGCUGCUCGCAUAUCGGACCCCAAGCUUUUCAUUAAACACAUGACAGUGAAUAUUACUAUGGAACAGGUGUAUAGUUUGGAACAUUGUUCUGCCCUGAAAUGGUUGAAAGAGAAUAUGAAAUGGGCUGGGAAGGUUUGGCUUUUUCAGUAACUAUUAGGUUAUAAAGACUUUUUUUUAAGUUCCAGUAAUCAUUGUUGAAAAUGAAUGGUAAUAAAGACAGUUCUCACUGUGCCCAGACUCUUUGAUUUAUGUGCAUGGUACAUUUGGUUACAGUACCUUGCACAGUUUUGAAUAGCACCAAGGACUUCCUGGGCCUGGAAACUCCCCAUCCUAUGAAAGAACAGAUAGACAUUGUUCUUGACCUAUGAAAUUAAAUUGGUUCACUUGUGAACCAAUCUCUAACAGGAAUUCCCACCUUCUGCUUUUCAUUGGGCUUAUAAUAAAACUAAGUAAUUCCCCAUUUACAUGGAUUCCAAAUAAUUUGAAUACUCAGAAAGAAUUUUUCAGCACAGCUUUUCACAGAGGUAGUUAAGCUUAUAUCUGCCCUUUUUUAAUUUUCAAAAAAGGCUUUCAAGGUAUGUAGUUGGGCUGAAUGGUUUCUCAUCUCUGCCUUCUGCAUUCUCCAGUAAUAUGCAUAGAUUGAUAUAAUCUUAGAGCUGGUAGGAGCAGAAAGGGUCAUUUCGUUCAACUUCAUGCUCAUGGUUGAAAUCUCAUCACAAUAUAAAAGCUUUCCAGUGCAGUAGGCAGAGUAUGGGACUUGGGGUCCUUGAGGCUUGGGUUCAGAUAGCCCCUUGGAUGCCAGCCAUGGGACCCUAGUGCAGUUCCCUUCAUGCCUCUGAGCUUACUGAAUGAUCCCAGAAACUCCUAGUUCUAAACCUGUGACCCUAGGAUCCCUGAGGUCAUCUCAAUUCUGCUUUAAUGCCUUCGGUGAUGGUUCACAUUGUUAGGAAAGCUUUCUAGUUUUAAGCCAAAGUCUUCCAUCCCAGUCUCCCUAACAGUCCUGUUUUCUCCCUUCCUGGAUCACACAGUGUUGUCCCUAUUGCCCGGUAUUUUUCCAACAAAAUACCAUAAGUUCCUUCAGCUCCUCCUCAUACCUUGAUUCCAGAUUCCCUCAGCAUCCAUUUCCCUUUGGUGAUACUUGGGGGCUUUGAUGGUCUAGGACAGAAAUGUAACGUCUUGGAUAGGGUCUUACCACUGCACAAUGCUAUAGUACUCCUGUUAGCCCUCUUGUUCUGGACAUAGCAUAAGCAGGCAGCUUCCUGUCCCAAUCAUUCAGCUCCUAUAUUGAAUGAUAUCACAUAGCUAAGCAGUAUACUGAAGCAUACUCAUGCUCUAGUUAUCCAACUGGUUAUGACUGACUGUGUAAGGCUUCACUCCAGUAUGAAUCUUCCCAUGUCUUAUAUGGUUUGAGCUGCAAAUGAAGGCUCUCCCAUAUUCAUUUAGUCAUUCUCCUGUUAGCUGUUACCACUUUACCUGACUCAUUUUCCCUACCUUGUUUUAAAUUGGAGGGGCAAAAAGUGUACCUUCUGCAUCUUUCUACCAUCAUUGCUGAGAAAGAUUCCUCUUGGUGUCCCCCUUUGGAUUUUUUUCCUUUGACCUCAGUCUCAUUCUGCCCUAAGAAAAUAGGAAACUACAUCAAUGGCUCAAACAGUAAUCCUCUGGACCAAUCAAAUCUUUUAAAGAAAAACCAGUUGAGGGGCAGCUAGGUGGCGCAGUGGAUAGAGCACUGGCCCUGGAGUCA